GGGGUCGCUGAGCGCUCGGCCGCGGACGCCAUGGGGCCCCGGGGCGCCUGGCGCUUCGUCGUCGCGGUCGGGCUGUGGGCGCUGGUGCCCGCGGCCGGCGGCUCGCGCCGGCAGGACGACGUCGGCGCGGCCCCGGCGCUCCGGGCGGACGAGGCCGGGCGCUACCUCGCCGAGGCGGGGGACCCCCGCGAAGACGCCGGGCGCUGCGGCCUCACCUUCCGCACCCCCAGCCCGUGCGGCUCCGGCGGGCCGCCUCCGUCCGCCGCCACCCGGGACGAGCUGGACCAUCUCAAGAACCUGCUGGAGGACACCAGGGCCAGCCUGAGGGAGGUGGAGACCGCGGCGAAGCUGGAGGACGGCGCGGCGCGGUACCAGGAUAUCAUCGCGGAGGCGUUGCCUGCCAUCCACGGGGCUAACCUGGAGUUUCAGGAGAGCCUGGACAACGUCCGCAGGGAGCUGGAGGCGCACGUGGCCCAAGCCGAUCACCCGCAAGUGGCAGAGAAGAGGCAGAAGCUGCGGGCGGGCGCGCGGGCGCUGGCGCAGGCGCUGCGGCUCGCCGGGCGCCUCGCCGGGCGCCUCGACGCCGCCUCCCGCCGCCUGCAAGCCGAGCUGAGCCAGCGCCUGCGGCGCUCGGCCGCCUGGGCCGCCGCGGAGCCCUAGGAGCCGGGCGGCGGAGGAGAAAGCCCCUGCCGCGCUCCGGGGACGCUCCGCCACGCCGCCGCCCUCCCCUCGCCCCGCGGCGCCUCGUCUCGGCGCUUGCGUCGCCGCCGACCCGGCGCGAAACCUCGGGCUUCAGCAGCGCCCCGCGCGGAGCCGCCGACGGGAGACGGCGCGGCCGCCCGCCGCCCACGGCCCGCCCCUCCGCAGCCGCCGCCGCUCCCGGGAGCCUCUGGGUCGCUCCGCUCCUGCUUCUCCCCCCCCUUCCCAGCGAAUCAAUGGAGUUGGCUUUGCUUUUUUUUUUUUA